CCGGUACUAUUAAAAUAGAGACUCAGAGUGAUGAAGAGAAUGGGCGUGCCUGUGAAAUGAAUGGGGAAGAAUGUGCGGAGGAUUUACGAAUGCUUGAUACCUCUGGAGAGAAAAUGAAUGGCUCACACAAUGGCCCAGGCAGCAAGGCUAUGUCAGGAGUUGGAGGCAUUCGACUUCCUAAUGGAAAGCUAAAAUGUGAUAUCUGUGGGAUAAUUUGCAUCGGUCCCAAUGUGCUCAUGGUUCACAAACGAAGCCACACUGGAGAACGCCCUUUCCAGUGCAAUCAGUGCGGAGCCUCCUUUACACAGAAGGGCAACCUUCUGCGCCACAUAAAGUUGCAUUCAGGUGAAAAGCCCUUCAAGUGUCACCUGUGUAACUACGCCUGCCGUCGCAGGGAUGCCCUUACGGGACACCUGAGGACUCACUCGGUUGGCAAACCUCAUAAAUGUGGAUACUGUGGUCGCAGCUAUAAGCAGCGCAGUUCAUUGGAAGAACAUAAAGAACGCUGUCAUAACUACCUGCAAACCAUGAAUAUCUCAAGCAGCCUUUAUUCAGUCAUAAAAGAGGAUACUAACCAGAGUGAAAUGGCUGAAGACCUGUGCAAGAUAGGGUCAGAAAGAUCCCUCGUGCUGGAUAGACUAGCAAGUAACGUCGCCAAACGUAAGAGCUCUAUGCCUCAGAAAUUUGUUGGUGAGAAAUGCCUGUCUGAUCUUCCAUACGAUGCCACCACCAACUAUGAGAAGGAGAAUGAGAUAAUGCAGACGCACGUUAUAGACCAGGCCAUUAAUAAUGCCAUCAGUUACCUGGGGGCAGAGUCCUUGCGUCCCCUUGUCCAGACACCACCAGGUGGUUCUGAGAUGGUGCCUGUCAUCAGCCCAAUGUAUCAGCUCCACAAACCUCUCGGGGACAAUCAGGCUCGUUCCAACCACACAUCUCAGGACAGCGCAGUGGAAAACUUGUUGCUGCUUUCCAAAGCCAAAUCUGUCUCCUCUGAACGAGACGCCUCUCCCAGCAACAGCUGCCAAGACUCAACAGAUACAGAGAGCAAUAACGAGGAACGCAGUGGUUUAAUCUACCUGACAAACCACAUAGGUCCCCAUGCAAGAAAUGGCAUCUCCAUAAAAGAAGAAAACAGGCAAUAUGAUGUCUUGAGGGCAGGUACUGACAAUUCCCCGGAUGCUUUCAAAGUGAUCAGCAGCAAUGGGGAGCAAGUGAAAGUUUACAAGUGUGAACACUGUCGAGUUCUUUUCUUGGAUCACGUUAUGUAUACAAUCCAUAUGGGCUGCCAUGGGUUCCGUGAUCCUUUUGAAUGCAACAUGUGUGGCUACCAUAGCCAGGACAGGUACGAAUUCUCUUCCCACAUAACUCGAGGGGAGCACCGUUUCCACAUGAGUUAAAACUCCUCCAGCACAGAUCUAACCUCAACAGCUGCGUUACUGGAGCUGCAGGAGCCACGACAGCAGCGAAGCACAAGUCAGCUGGACUGUAAAAGUAACAAAAGAAUCAGAAGUUCAGCUAUCUUCUUCUCCCACAAGAAAAGUUUUCCUUUUGGUAGCAUGCAUUGCAACUCAGUUUUCUAAAAUGAGUACUAAAGUUUUUACUGAAAAUGUCUGAUCACCAAAAACCUUUAGUAAUGUAAGUAGGAGCUUUUGUAGUCACAUAGCUGAAAGCCCUUCCUUUAACUGAUGCUUCUUGCAAACCUCCCUUGCCAAAACUGUUAACCAUGUCCAGGAUGCACCAUGCCGAUGAGGACACAACAGGCAGGAGUGGCCAAGCUUUCUCACUUAACACCCUGAGCCCAGGUCUCUUACACCAGAUGUACAUUUUUUUGACUUCCUGGUAUCAUUUGACUCUUUUGGGAAGAUUAAACUCGACUAAAGAUGGAGGUGCCCACCUCAGAUGACUUCACAGACAGCUGGGGUGGGACGGGACC